AUGUCCGAAUUUUAUAAAAACCUUUCAAUUGAUUUUAGUGCUUUACUUGAUCAUUCGGAUGAUUAUAACGUUGUUAUUAGAGUAGGUGAAGAAGAAAAGGCCUUUCAAGCACAUUCAGUUAUUCUUAGGGCGAGGUCACCAUAUUUUAAAACAGCAUUAUCAAGUGAUUGGGCGAGAAAAGAAGGUGGUUCUAUAGUAUUCACCAAACCAAAUGUUACCCCUACUGUUUUUGAAAUUAUUCUCAGGUACAUGUAUUCAGGAGAUAUAGAUCUAAAUAGCAAGGAUACUUCUGAUAUACUUGAUUUACUUAUUGCAUCGGAUGAAUUAUUAUUACAAGAAUUAUUUAAUCAUGUACAAGCUUAUUUAUUAACAUACAAAAAGGAAUGGAUUAAAAAGAAUGUAGUCAAAGUUCAUCGUACGAUCAAUUCACAUGAAGGAUAUAGUGGUAAACCACAAAAUAGGUUAAGCAAGCCAAGGUUAAUUUCAUUUGAUUCAACAUUGAUUAAACAAGAACAUGUGGCGAGGUUGUGUGAUUGGAUAGAUAGAAAAGAUGGUAAAGCAUAUACAUUUGAAAACAUUCCUUAUAAAUUUAGAUUGUUAAUAAGAGGUACGAAAGAUGGGUUUGAAUCGGAAACUUUUCAUGAAAAAUGUGAUCAUAAGGGUCCAACAAUAGUUGUAAUGCAGAUAGCUUAUUCGGGAGAAUUGGUUGGUGGUUAUAAUCCUAUCGAAUGGUCAACCGGAGAUUCUAGAAUUACCACACAAAAUAGUUUCUUAUUUAGCUUUCCUAAACAAGGUAACAUCGCUGAUGCCAAAAUAUCUAGGGUAAACAGGGCUGGUUAUGCCAUACGUGUAAAAGACAAAACUCACGGUCCUUGUUUUGGUGAUAAAGAUUUAUGGAUGAAACAUAAUUUUAAUGCUUAUGAUAGUUGUUCUUCUGAUAAAGACGAUUAUCAAGAUAGGGUUACGAAUUUAUCCAAAUUUUGGGUUAUAGAAUAUGAGGUAUUUCAAGUUAUCAAAAAGUGA